AUGGAGAAGAUGGUGGAAAAGGGCAAGUCGGACAUCGAGGCUGAGAAGACGCAGUUUGCUGAGUACGUCAAGUUCUGCGAAGACACCACAAAGGAGAAAAAGACAGCGAUCGAAGAAGCUGAUGCUCAGAUUGAGAGUUUGACGGCAUCCAUUGAGAAGGCAGCAUCGGAUAUUGACCGUCUGACGACAGAAAUUGCUGAGCUCGACAGCAUUAUCGCCUCCACCAGCGAGGAGAAGGCAAACGCAACGGCCAUUCGCGAGAAGGAGGUGGCCGACUACACCGCAACUCUCACCGACUACGUUGACUCCAUCAAUGCCAUGGGCAAGGCGAUGACCGCUCUGAAGGAACAGCCCAAGACGCGCCCACAGGCUACGUCUCUGCUGCAGAUGUCUGACCUUUACAAGGCACAUGGGAAGUUGAGCCCAUCAGAAGCCUCCAGAUACCUGGAUGCCUUCCUGUCCGGCCAUGCCGCAAGCAAGGCUGAGUCGCUGCUUUCCGAAGCGCAGUCGGAGCCUGAUGCGGCUGGAUACGAGUUCCAAUCCAAUGGAGUUAUUGACAUGCUUGAGAAGCUCAAUGACCAGUUCAAGCAGGAGAAAGAUGCUCUAAAAAUGGAGGAGCUUAAGAAGAAGAAUGCUUUCAAGACGCUGGUUGAGGGCCUCACCUCAGAGAAUGCGGAUGCAACCAAGAGCAAGGAGAGCAAGCUGAAGGAGAAAUCGAGCACCUCUGAGCAAAAGGCAAAGGAUGAGGCUGACUUGGCCGACACCACCGCAACCAGGAAGGAGGAUGCUAAGUACAAGAAAGAUCUUGAGAUGAGCUGGGCCGAGCGAACUACGGAGUUCAAGAGCCGCCAGCAGCUGCGUGCAGAGGAGCUGGAAGCUCUUGACAAGGCCAUUAGCAUCAUCUCAGGUGAGGCAGUGACCGGCGGCGCUGCAAAGCACUUGCCGGGCUUGUUGCAGACCAGCACCGCUAUGGCUAUCGUGAGCGUGAACCGCUCGCUGCGUGUUCCAAGCUACCGGAAGGUGGCAGACCUGCUUCAGGAGAAGGCAGCGGCCUUGCACAGCCAGGAGCUGGCUGCUUUGGCCAUGCGGAUUGGUGCAGACCCCAUCGACAAGGUGAAGGAGAUGAUCGAGAACAUGAUCAGCCGAAUGGAGAAGGAUGCUGCUUCGGAGGCGACGAAGAAGGCCUGGUGUGAGGAGGAGUUGGCCGAGAACGAGGAGGCCCGUGACGCCAAGAACGAUGAGAUUGAAGCCUUGGACGCAGAUGCGGCCAAGUUGGAAUCCUCCCUCAAGCAACUCGCCGUAGACCUGUCCACGCUGGGACAGCAGGUCAAGGACAUGAACGCUGCCAUGGCUGAAGCAACUUCCAUUCGCCAGAAGGAAAAGAAGGAGAACACUGUGGCCAUCAAGGACGCAAAGGCGGCUCAGGCAGCAGUUGCUGAAGCCUUGAGCGUGCUGAACGAGUUCUAUGCAAAGGCCGGCCAGGCCACGGCUUUCGUUCAGGUUAAGGCUGGCCCACAGCCCUUCGACAAGCCUUACACCGGGAUGGGCGCAGAGAGCGGUGGCGUGCUUGGUAUGAUCGAGGUGAUCCAGUCCGACUUCGCGCGCCUGGAGGCUGAGACGACCGCGGCCGAGCAGUCAGCUGCCAAGGAGUACGAGUCCUUCAUGGACGACUCUAAGCUUGAUCUUACAUCGAAGGAGAAGGACAUCGAGCACAAGACCUCCAGGAAAGAGUCUGAGACUCAGGCGCUGGCCUCUGUGAAUUCGGACUUGGGAAAUGUGAAGAAGGAGCUCGAUGCCGUGAUGAAGACCUACGAGGAGCUGAAGCCGCAGUGUGCCGACGCCAGCGCCUCGUACGAGGAGCGCAAGGCAAAGCGUGAUGCCGAGAUCAAGUCCCUGGAGGAAGCUCUGGAGGCACUCAACAUCGCCCGCUAG